AUGAUAGAGUGUUCCACAGCUUCAGCGCUUUCGCAUUUCUUCAGCACUUUCUCCCUCAUUAGCUGGAUGGGAGCUCAGCUCCCGCAGAUAUACACAAACUAUGUGAACAAGUCGGCAGAAGGAAUAUCGCCACUGUUUCUUAUACUAUGGUUCAUGGGCGAUUUCCUCAGUUUUACAAGCUGUCUUCUAAAUGAGUCGACCCUAGCUUUCCAAGUUUACCUAAGUUUGUUUUUCAUAUGCAACGAUAUUGCGUUGUGCUACCAGUUUUACUAUUACAACAACAUAUACCCCAAAGCGAACGCACCAGUAAAGUCCCUGGACGUCGAAGUCGCUGAACUGCUGGUAACGGAUGCAGAUGUUCAUGCUGGCUCUGGAACUAUUCACAUUAGAUCACAUAUUCCUGAACCUGAGGAGGCCGAUGAAUGGCUGAGUCUCACACCUCCUUCAGAUGGCUCCAUCCCUGGAAGCUACAACUCGAUCAAUAAGAAGCCCAACGUUGCUAAAGUGGUUACUAUUGGAUCCAUUCUCAAUUCCGGCUUGUCCAAUGCAUUCCCUGUGAGCCGUGCGAUGGAAUCAGUCAUCUCGGUCGCAGAGGAAGCCGGGAGUCAUGAUGUUCUUGCUCUUAUUCUUGCAUGGAGCUGCACCGCUGUCUACGUGAGCUCCCGUUGUCCACAGCUUUACAAGAACUACAAAAGAAAGUCGGUUGAAGGCGUCUCACCUCUCCUUUUUGGAGCCGCUCUUUUCGGAAACUUGGCAUACACAAUUUCUGUGCUCACAAGCUGUGAAUUUUUGCUUUCCGACGACAAAGCUACCUAUUUCUGGCAUCAGCUUCCAUACCUCAUAGGAAGCUCCGGCACGAUAGUGUUCGACUUCGCAUACUUCUACCAAAGGCACAUCUACCGCAAUUCUCACGAGUACAGCGCAGUGGUGGGUCUCGAGCCUUGGGAUCAACUAGAAAGACGCUCGAACGACUUGAAAGACGAACUGGCAUACUCUCAGAUUGGACCAGAUACAUACCCGAAUCCGUUAUAUUCGUUGAAAAAAGAGGAGAUUGAAAAGUUGAACGAGGAAGAUUUCCGUCACUUGGUGUCCAUUCCAUACAAAUCCAUCUCGGAGACUGACCAGUUCUGCUUCAAUGUCAUACAGCUUGUUCACGAUAAUCUUAUUCUGAACCCUGCGAAGGCCAGGAUGCUAUUGUGCAAUAUUGAAGACGAGGGAAUUCGAACUGUGAUUGUUGACUGUCUCAAGCAAUACUACAAAGCUAACCUGGUGCGAGAUUCUAUUCUUCAAUUCAUAGUGGCACCUGAAGCGGCCACAACCAGAAAAGCGAUCUUUGCCAACAUCGAGGAUAUUUUGUUUGAGCAGUCCACGCCAAAAUCUGAGAAACUGACACUAUUAUUGAGCUACCUACGAAAGUUAGCGUUCAGUUCAACUUCAAACUGUACAUCGCUUUUGUUGCAAGACAAGACUGCGAAGUCUAUAUUGGAGCACGUACCGGAGACGAAUCGAGCAGAGCUUUAUUCCUACUUUUUGCAUAUUAACAUGAAAUUCUCGGACAUGGCUAUGUUUGACCAGUUCAAACAGAGUCUUUUGCAUGGAUCUAACCUCAAUAAUUUGGUCGCCAAGACUGGAAUAAUCGAUGCAAAAUGGCAUCACCUUAACGACGUUGUCAUUGAUGAGCAGCAUAAACUAAAGAUGUUGAAUUUUUUCACCUUUAAUGACCUCCAAUAUUUCACGAACCAGGCCAUCGAGUCUAAUGACCUACUCGAUGCCAACCUAUACCUUGAUCUUCUUGUUGCAAAGCUCGAAACACUGUCUCUCAAAUCGAAUUCUACGGGACACAAAGGUAGGAUUCAAAAGCUUUUGCAUGUUUUACUUCAACACUCGAUGACGUUCAAGGGUCCCCAAGAGUGCCUCAAAUUCUUGAGGUAUAUGCCUCAAGUGGGAUUGGAAAUACGUCCAGCCACCAUGCUACGUGUGUUGAUACAGCUCAGAAAAGACGAGUGUUUCGACGAAGCACUUUUGUUGAUAAACAACCUUCACAACUGUGAGCUCUCAAGUCAUCAACGUGCUAUGUUAGUACAUGAGAUUGUGAACGUUAUCUCGAAAAAAUUUGCUGGCCACCCAGAAGUAAUUGUCGGAUACUUUGCAUCAAUGUUUGGCAAUGAUGCGCUUCACUUGUUGCACCGUCUCGGCUUACUUCAAUUGAUCUACAAGGAGGAUUUCAAAAACCUCGAUUUCUCCAGCAUCAAGAGGGCUGAUAUUCACGAGGACCUUACAUCAUGUGUGCUCGAACACUCUCAUCUCCAAAUCUUAUAUGAUGUCGUCUUGAAAUAUCUUGGGGUGAGCAGCCUUGCUCCCAGACUCGUCGGGGACCUUUACCAUAGGUAUAUUAACGAACUCCCCAACGGUACGGAAGCCUCUAAGCUUUGGCAGGUUGAUGACGGCAUUGUUUCCCUAUUUAUUGAAUGUCUUUGCAAAACUGAGCCCGGAAGCUUGGACAUGAAGCUUCUGAAAGACAAGAAGAGGUAUGAAGCGGCGAAGGCGAUCAGCCAGGAUUUCUUCGAUAAGCAGCAAUUACCAAAGGAGAAGAGGAAGUCUUUCACCUAUGACGUGCUCAUCAGUUCCGCUUUGCUUCAACAUAAUGACUACUCCUUUGCUGCAUCGGUACUUAAGCAUGCGAGAGAACACAAAAUACCCUCAACCUUCAAUCAGCUCUACCCGUUCAUCAUGUACCACUAUGUUCGAGGUGACCGACAAAGAGCUGAGGCAUGGUACAACAUGAUGGUGAAGGACGGUGUAAAAGCUAAAUCCACAGCGGGCGACAGGCUAGUCUCUAUAGCUGAGGAAUGUGGUUGGAACAUCAAGGGUUCCCUCUACAGAAGAACGAUUAAUCAUAGAAACCAAAAGAUACGCCGGGAACUUGCGAACAUGAGAGGUGAUCAUCUCGAGGCUUUGGGCAUCAAAGGAGAUGACCAACGUUCCCACGACCUUCUCGAAGAAUUGAGCGCAAUCAUAGAUCACCUAGACUCGAAGAAGAGGUUCGAAUCGAUUGUUGCCCAUGUCAAUCGAACUCUACUGGAAUUAGGUGAAGUGUACAGUGAAAUCGGGUACUCCAAUCGUGAGAUCAACCAGAGGCAGGCCGAUGUGUUUUUGACUAUUGACGAUACCAUCAAAUCCAUAAGCAGCAAUGCUCUUCGAGAAAAGAACCUGUUACAGAAUGAAUGUGAGUGGCUCCGGCAGCAAAUCAGAUUCAUGCUUGCCACACUCAACGACAGCCAUGGAGAGAGAACCUUGAAGUUGAGCAGUCGAGGAAUCGUUUUCGAAGACGAUGUCAUGUACGCUACAGGGUAUCGUGAGGAUGUAAAGGAGCAAGUCCACUCGUUCCAUCACUACAAUCAACCAUCAUUUCACGAUCCUACCUUCGGUGAUGCUGAGGAGAUUGGCGAGAGCGAUUAUUCUAUGCAACAACAAUAUGACUAUAUGACUAAAACGAUACCACAACUACUGUUACUACAAACCAAGCUGCUGCUAAAUAACAUUUUUCUAGAUGUUCUCAAAGCGUUUGUUAAGAUAUUCCGCAAGUUUGCCGACUUGAGCUAUCGCUACUGGGAGAAUGUUGAUAUCAUCGGUGCUGAAGCUUCCAAGACGAAUAGUCUAACUAGUCAGCUCCCAAAUAAAAGUGAAGCUGAAGAAUACUUGAAACUCACUGAGGAUUUCGAAUCCACCGUGAAGCAAUUGCGUCUCACGGAAAAGGUAUCCAAAACGCCCUUCACCAGCAUGGGCAAUGCACACGAUGAUGACAAUGCGUUUGUCAUUCUGAGCCCGAAGAAGGCCAAGAUCCGUGAUCUCACGAGAGCUAAGGAAGAUGUGGCUGAUAUUUCUGGUAUCUCUCAGUCUUCUCCGGACGAAACUAUGGGUCACCUUCGAGAGAUCAACGGAAAGCUCAUCACGGCGUUACGAGGUUUGAAGAUCAUCAAGUUGAACUCGCAAUUAAUUCUGGACCUCACGGCUGAAGUCGAGCAGAGUAAGACGGAAGUUGCGAACAGAGCCGUUGAAAUGAAAGACUUUGUAAACCAGUGUCUUGAUAUCGUUGUUAUCUUGCUGCUCAGUGAUUCUGACUUGAUCAAAAUUCAGCAACGUGUGAUACAGGCCAAAGGGGAAGAGUACGCCAAAGAAGGUCCCUUUGACUCAGAAGCCUUGAAAUUGAUCGAGGGAGACAUUCUUGCAUUUGGCUUGGAGAGAUCCAAACUACUCUAUCUCCAAAAACUUACGCAUACCUUGACACAUUUGCGGGAUUCAAAACAGAAGAAGUGGAAUUACUAUAUGUCAGCUUGUCAGCGACUUUGGGAUAAGCUAUGCGAGUCGCCUCAGUUUAUAUCACAUUUCCAACAAGAGAAUUCUUCUCUAAGUGAAACUUCCUUGGUGAACCUCAAGAUGGAGCUCAACCGUCUUUACAUGAAACGGUCUGAAUUUAUUGGAAGCUUCAUUGUUGAUGCACAGAAAGAGAUUGCGGAAUAUCAGUCAUUGUUGUUGUAUUCGGAUUCUCAAAGGCAAGCAUUCGAUUACUUCGACUAUAACGCUGAUGAUGAUUCGGAUGACAAGGAGCAAAUUCUCAACCUUCACGAAGCUGAACUCAACAGGCUUAGAGAAGAAUACGAGUCUAAGAAAACAAUCUUGGAACUCUACAAAGAACUCAAUGAAUAUCUCGAGGAUCAGAAGUUUUUGGAAGAGUCAUCCAAGGAUUCGUCUCGUCUUCUUCAAAAAGAUUCAUGCAAGAUACUUAUGAAAGAGGAGAGAAUACGAAAGACGAUCCACAGAAAUCUACCACGCGUGAUCAAGGCAUUGAAAGAGGAAGUCAUUCAGUUCAACAAAACAAUGAUUUCUUGCGAGAAAAAGCCUUUCUCCAUCAAUGGGCAAGAUCUUUACGAGAAAGUGCUCACGAUAGAGUCCCAGUCAUGCAAUCAGAGACGUCCGAAAUUUACUCGUGGUGUCUCUCCUCGAAAGUCAUCAGUAUCUCCAAAGAGACCUGAACCUGUCAACACGCUUAAUGGGUCAAGCAAAGGUGGCAGACUCAGAUCACCGAUCAAGGUGGGGAAGGAAACUCUGCAACGCAGAGUCUCUCCUGCCAUCAAUUCGGUGCGCUCUUUAAAGUCUCCAACACUUAAUGAAAGCAAAUCAAGUAUUGCACUGCGUCAUGAUACGAGGGUAUUGAAGGAGGCUAGGAAUGGUUUGGCAGCUACUUCACUGUUUGAAAGUUCUCCGAAGGCAUUUAGGAAUGCACCAAACUCGCAUGUCAUGACUCGGCCUCAGUUACAACCGUUGCAUUCUCCUUUGAACCCAGAGCUGUCGAUUUCGAUGAACUUUAGUCCAUCUGAAAGUACGCUAUAUUCUAUGUGUUCUCGAGUCUCUCCUUUGAAAGACAAAAAUACAAACAGCAAAGCCGAUAUCUCGCCCAUAAGGGAGACGGAGUUUAACGCUGAGGACAAGGAAAAUAAUAGUGUUUACAAGGAGAAGCAGUUAUCAGGCGAUGCAAGGGAAAUCGCUAAAGAAAGCACAAACCACAGAUUGAGCACGCAUAGUCUUGCAAAUUCUACAGUCAUCAGUGACGUAAAUGAAGACUGGAAGGAGCAAAGGUUACGUGAUAUUCAAUCUCGUGCUGAGAAGAUCUACGACAACAGCCACAUCUAA